UCAAAAAUCAUUUAUUAAAUUUUUUUAGGUGGAAGCAAAAAAAGUUAGGGAGCUCCUUCAAACGAAGCCAGAAGAAUUAAGAGAAAAACUGAAGAUAGACAUGAACGCCGUAACAGAAACUGGCUUUGUAUUCUUUGAAAACAAAAAAUUGUAUGCUUACCUCAAAAAACUUCCCACAUUCAUGGAAUCUAACAGAGAGGACGUUGUCAUUGACAGUUAUUUUUUCAAGUCUGCAGAUGUCGGCUGCGUUCUAGAAUGUUUCGAAAAGCCACUAGAACAUUACGUAAUGGAACCUUCCCAUGGAUAUACUCCCCCUAUGGAAAAUGUCCAAAAAAGUAGAUUCCGGAUGACAUCGCUAAACUUGAAAGAUGAGGAAUAUAGGAUGAACCAUAAGGAAUUUUAUCGCUUGCUGAGUGAUGAUUCGGAAGUUGUUUCCACUAGAUUUGAAGAAGAUGGAGUUCUUCUAGAUCUCAGAGAGAAUAUGGUCUGCGGACAUAUUUCUUCCGGUGAGGAUCAAAUGGAGGAUAAAAUGGAAAAGAAAAUGGAGGGAGAAACCGAUAUGGAAAACAAGGAGGAAACCGAGGAGAGAAUCGUGGAUGAAGCCGAGGAAGAAAUCGAGGAGGAAGCCGAGAAGGAGAUCUACGAGGAAAUCGAGGAGGAAAUAGAGGAGGGAACCUCGGAGAAACCAGAAGAGGAGACCGAGGAGGAAAUCAAAGAAGAAAUUAACAAAGAGACCAAAGAGGAGACCGAGGAGGGAAUCGAGGAGACAAUCUUGAGGGUAAUCGAUUUGGAUGUCGACGAGGAAAUCGAGGAGAAAAUAGAGGAGGAGACCGAGACAGAAAUAGAGGAGGAAACCUCGGAGAAACCCGAAGAGGACUCGGAGGAGGAAAUAGAAGAGGAAACGGAAGAAGAAAUCGAGGAGGAAGGCGAGAAGGAGAUCGACGAGGAAAUCGAGGAGGAAAUAUGGGAGGAAACCUGGGAUAAACCCGAAAAGGUGACCGAGGAGGAAACCAAAGAAGAGAUUGGAAAGGAGACCGACGAGGAGAACGAGGAGGGAAUCGAUGGGGAAAUCAAGGAGAAAAUAGAGGAGGAGACCGAGAAGGAAAUCGAGGAGGAAACCUCGGAGAAACCCGAAGAGGAGACCGAGGAGGAAAUCGAGGAGACAAUCUUGAGGGUAAUCGAUUUGGAUGUCGACGAGGAAUUUGAUGAGGGUAGCCAAAGGAUAAAUGCUGAAAACUGAAUAAUCCAUGGUCGAUCAGCUGAUGAGAUUUCUUGCCACACAGGCAAUACCUAGAAUACUUAGUUAAUGUUCAAUGUUUAUAUUUUACCUUUUGUAAUAAAAAAAAUGGCGUUCGUUUA